UCACCUAGCAAUGGCUGGUUGUGGAUGGCAGUUUGGUCUGCUGUUCAGGACAACCAUUUUAUUCAUCCUAAUAAUCCCCAUUGCAAAUGCUCAGCCUCAGUCUUUUCACUACCCCUACUUUAACUCAACUUAUGUUAAGCAGCUCAAUCUGGAAGGUAAUGCUUCUUCCUCAGGUUCUGCUAUCCAACUCACAGUGAAUGCAAUGAACCCAAACAACAAGUUUGGGACAGUGGGGCGUGUCACGUAUCCCAAGCUAAUAAAUCUUUGGGACAAAAGUUCAAAUGAAGUAAAAGACUUCACCACUAACUUUUCCUUUGUUGUUUCCUCAAAUAAGAGUCCUUAUGGAGAUGGUUUAGCAUUCUUCCUUGCAAGUCCAAAUCUGGUAAUCAUAAGUGAUAUAUUACUAAUGGGAGGAAGCCUUGGCAUUGGCCUUGUGGAUGAUAAGAUAAAUAGCCUCUCACCAGAUUAUAAAUAUGUGGCAGUGGAGUUUGACACUUACUCAAACACAUGGGAUCCAGAUGGUGCACAUGUAGGUGUAAAUAUCAACACUAUGAAGUCUGAAAUGUAUGAGAAAUGGUCGACAAAUAUUACACAAGGGGAAGUUUGUAACUGUAGUAUUGUAUACAAUUCCAGAAGCAAUAUUUUGAACGUUUAUUACACUGGAUACAAUUUCCGUGAUGGGCAUGCAACACAGGUUACACGCCAACUUUCACACCACGUUGAUAUCACACAGAUAUUACCUGAGUCUGUUGUUGUUGGCAUAUCAGCUGCAACAGGAGAUUAUGCUGAGGAACAUACCCUGCUGUCAUGGUCAUUUAGUACAAGUACAAGUGAGGUCGAUCGAGUGAAGGAAUGCUGGUUACUCAGCAAAAGAAUGUUGGAGGGAAUAGGAAUUGGAACCGGUUUGUUUUUUAGUUUGUUUGGGAUGAUUCACAUUUUAUUAAGGAGGCUGACCAAAGGAAAAGAAGAAGAUUGCAUUUCAGAAGCCACUUCUGAUCUGAAGAUGGAUCAUGUAUUCGUGGACACUGGGCCUAAGAAGAUUAGUUAUCAUGAAUUGGUAAGUGCAACCAACAAUUUUGAUGAGACACAGAAGCUAGGCCAAGGAGGUUUUGGUGGUGUUUAUAGAGGUUAUUUCAAAGACUCAAACACCUAUGCUGCUAUAAAGAGGAUAUCAGCAGGUUCCAAGCAGGGUAUAAAACAAUACACAGCAGAAGUGAAGAUCAUUAGCCAAUUGAGGCACAGGAAUUUGGUAAAACUCACCGGUUGGUUCCAUAAGAAGAAAGAUCUCAUCCUGGUAUACGAGUACAUGGAAAAUGGCAGCUUGGAUCAUCACCUUUUUCGUGGUGAAAUCAUCUUGUUAUGGAAGGUGAGGUACAACAUAGCUCUGGGCUUGGCCUCAGCAUUGCUUUACCUACAAGAAGAAUGGGAAAAAUGUGUGCUUCACAGGGACAUUAAAUCAAGCAACAUAAUGUUGGACUCCAACUUCAACCCUAAGCUUGGGGAUUUUGGCCUGGCUAGGCUGGUGGAUCAUGAGAAAGGGUCACCAACCACAGAUGUGGCAGGGAACAUGGGUUACCUUGCCCCUGAAUAUAUGAACACGGGCAAGGCGAGAAAGGAAUCAGACAUAUUCAGUUUUGGGGUUGUUCUGUUGGAGAUAGCCACUGGAAGAAAAGCCAUUCACCACAAAGACAUGGAGGGUGAAGUGUCAUUAGUUGAGUGGGUGUGGGAGCUCUAUGGUUUGAGCAAUGUGCUUGCCACAGCAGAUCCAAACCUAUGUGGGGAAUUUGAUGUGCAGCAAAUGGAAUGCUUGCUGGUUGUUGGUCUAUGGUGUGCAAAUCCAGAUUCAGCAUCCAGACCCUCUAUAAGGCAAGUUAUUAAAGUUCUUAACUUUGAAGCUCCUUUACCAAUUCUCCCACAACAGAUUCCAAUGCAAGAUUUUCUCUGUCCCAUGACAAAUGAGUUGUUUCUUACAGUUUCAUCUUCCUCAAAGGCUACAAGUUAAUUGGUUAGGAAAUUAUGUUAAACAGACAACACUAUAUACACAUCCUUUAUUUACUACACAUAAUUAUGUUACUUUUUCAUUUUCUCCUUUUAAAUGUAUUCAAAUAGCUUCCACUACUAAUUGAUGAGUUCACGUAG